AUAUUCCUCAUCACUCACGUUAGUUAUUUCUACACAUUGUUAGUUCAUCUCUUUUUCUCCCUAAAUUUUACAAAAAUUGAAGAAGAAUUUAGAAGAGAAUAAUAUGAAGGUAGGAGAAAGUGGAUUUACUUCUGAGAAAGAAACGCAUCUUACAGUUUGUAAAACUUCGCUGUUUUUCACGGGUGAUGGUUUCACUGUUUAUGAUUGUAAUGGACAACUCGUAUUCCGAGUUGACUCGUAUGGUCCUGAUUGGCGCGAUCAGGAUGAAAUUGUCCUCAUGGAUGCCUCUGGACGUUGCCUCCUCACGGUUCGCCGUAAGAGGCCAAGUCUACACAACAGAUGGGAAGGUUACUUAGGAGAACGUACCGAAGGAUUAAAGCCAAUAUUUAGCGUGAAAAGAUCAUCAAUAAUUGGACGUUCAGGAGUAAAUGUUGAAACGUACCAAAAUGCAGGGGAAGAUUAUCAAAUAGAUGGGUCAUUUGCACAAAGAUGUUGCACAAUUUAUGAUACAACUACUAGAGAAGUGAUGGCGGAGAUCCGAAGAAAAGUGGAUGCUUCGUCAAAUGUGGUAUUGGGUAAAGAUGUUUUUUCUCUAUUUAUUAAAUCCGGAUUCGACGCCGCCUUCGCUAUGGGCCUGGUGUUGGUAUUGGACCAGAUUAGCUCUGAUGGGCUUGUUGAAGCUAUUACUGGGUCUGAUUCGGAUAGUUCUCAUAGUAAUAAUGGUGUGGACUCCAACUCCACCAGCCCAAAAUAGGGUCCAUUUAUGUUAUUGUUUUUUUUUUUUUUGGGGGGGGGGGGGGUUACUAGCACUUUUUUUUCCUUAAUUAAUGCACAACAGAGAAGUGUGAAUUAAUGAAUUGUUUUUUUCUUGUUUUGGGGGGUUGGAGUAAAAAAUAAUGUCUAUAAUCGUUGUAAUUUUAUGGGGUACAGUUAAGAGAAUGACGAGAUAUCUAAAUAUCUAUUAUGAAAGAUAUUUUUUGUAACUUGUUUGUUGUGAGCCCCAUUACUUUUUUAUAUAUAAGGUUUAGUCGUUUAGAUAUUUAUAAAUUUUAUGUAAUCAAACUCAUCUUAAUUAAUGAAAAAUAUGUUAUAAAUCAUUCAUUUUA